GUUUUCCCCCAAAACCAAUUUCCCAAUUUCAAAUUAGGUUUCACCAAAAUCAGUUUUCCCUCUCCAAUCGUUUAAUAUUCCCGCUCCUCCCUAAUCUUCCAUCGAUUCCUUCCCCAAAUUGCGAUAACCUUUCUUUUCCCCUCUGUCUGAUUUCCGUCACAGCAACAAAUCACCAAUGCUGUCCAAGUACCUUCUAAUUAGGUUUAAACCGUCACUCAGGUAACACACUGCCACUCGUGUAUAAUUAAAUCUUUGGGUUUAUAGUGUUGUUUGGUAUGAUGCUCAUCUAUACAAGAAUUAUGCCAUGAUCUUAGUCAUUGUAAAUAUGUAACUAAUUGUUAUGUGUUUUGUUUGAUAUUCGUCUUUUGUUUAUCGCUGUAAAUCUGUAAUUUUUAUACUUGAUUAUGCUAUCUAUUUAUGUGGUUUUUGGUGGUUAAUUGUCUCUAACGACAUGCCCUAGUUUAUGACUAAGUGUAUAGAUCCAAACCCACCCCGUACACCCUAAGGAAAUGGAAAAGAAAGUUCAGUAGAAACAUGAUCUUAUGUAUGACUAAAAUCGGUAUCAUGAUGAUGCAUCGUCAUAAAUCCAAACCAGAUUAUCAAUUGGAUUUAACACUCAUGCCCUAGUUCAAGAUCGUCAUACUAUGUGGUAUCUAGAUUUAAGGUAUGAUUAUGUCAUAUAUGGUAAGUCCAUUUCCGUACCAAUUUUAUUGAGGAUGCUUACAAAGUUUCUAGACAUUAUUUUGUAAGUUUUUCGUUAAAGUUGAUUAUUGUUGAUAUAUUCUUGUUUUUUUGUUCCUUCAUGGUCAUAACAACUGUAAGCUCUCUCUCGUGAAUACCCUUAGUUCAACAGAGCCUUAUUAUGAAGCCAAACUAAGUUAAUCGACCACAAAAGUUUGAAAAUCAGAGUGUGUUACAUCAGAGUGUAUUAUAUAUUGAUGUUUUAUAUCGACACUGCCAUGUGGGUUAGUGUUUGACUGUUUGGUGAGAAGUGGGAUUGAAUAUUGAUGUAUUGUUUCUAUUCGUAAACAAAUAUACGUAGAUCGUUUUAGACGGACGUUAAAUACAUAAACAAAAUCAAGAAUAAACAGAGAAUUGCAUGAACACUUCUAUCUUUUGUUUUAACCGUAAUACAUAAACCGGAUGUGUAACCGCCUACCACACUCUCUUUCUUUCACAUUCAUAGUACACAUGUAUUAUGUAAUUCUCUACCUAAAAUUGGUUAAUCUGCCCCUGGUCAAUAAGACUUAUAAGUAGGGGUGCAAACGAGCCGAGCGGCUCGCGAGCUACUCGAGUUUGCGCCCCUGAUCUCAAACGCAUGUAACAUUUGCAGUAUUUGGUACUUUUCUUUUCGUUUUUGUUUUAUCAACUUCACAGGACUACUGGGACUCUAUAAAGAACAAUGAAUACUUUUCGACAGAAGCUCUCAUGGACUUAAUAAAACAGCUGAGGAUAUACAAGACUCCUGAUCUGGAAACACCAAAAUAUCAGAUACUUAAAAGAACUGCAACACAUGAGGUACGAAAAUACAGCCCAUUUGUAAUAGUUGAAACUCAAAGUGACAAACUUGCUGGAAAUACAGGAUUAAACGAUGUAGCGGGGUAUAUAUUUGGAAAGAACUCUAGGGAAGAAAAAAUACCAAUGACAACUCUAGUUUUCACUCAAGCAUUUGAUCCCGAGAUGUCGCAAAUGUCGAUCCAAAUCGUUCUUCCAUCCGAAAAAGACAUAAACAGUUUACCGGACACUAACAAAGAAAACGUUAGUAUACGGAGCGUUGAAGGAGGAUUUGCAGCCGUAUUAAAAUUCAGCGGCAAACCAACAGAGGAUAUUGUUCGUGAGAAAGAAAAAUUACUGAGGUCUAGUGUUCUUUCUGAAGGUCUCAAACCAAAAGACGGGUGUUUAUUGGCUCGCUACAAUGACCCUGGUAGAACAAAAAGUUUUAUGAUGCAAAACGAGGUUCUUAUUUGGCUCGAGGAGUUUUCGUUGGACUAGUUCUUAUCAAGUUUGAUAUGUAGCCACUCAUUAAAGUAAGAGUCCCUAUAUUGGUUCUACAGCCCCAAACAACUUUUUUUGUCUAGUAACAAGAUAUUAUCUUCAAGAAGUCACAAUAAUGAUGAUAGAUUUGACAACAUGUGAAGCAUUCGAAUAAUAGAGAUAAGAAGAUUUAUGGAUUGCUUGGAGCUAAGUUUUUUUUUACAGUAUGAUUCCUAUGGGAAAGAACGUUUUGAUUUUUUUUGUAAACAUUUGAAACAUGUUUGAAACUUAUUAUACAUUUAUUUGCUAACAUUUGUAAUAUGUUUUGGAUCGAACUUAUAAUUGAAGUUAUGAUAUUAUAAUUUCUACA